AUGGCUCGUGUUGGUGCAGCUCGCGCCUUAUGUGAAUGUGAAGUGGCGAUCGAGUGCUUCUUCGACUGGCCGUUUGCCUGCGCCGUCAUGGGCUCGAUCCACCGCAAGCCCACUUGGAAGUUUGAGCAGUCGAUUGGUGGAUUGUUGGUGGUGUGCAACAUUUCGCCCAUGGAUUAUCCAGACACCUUCGCUGGACUGGCGCUGGCAGUGGUUGAUUCGGGAGUGGACCCGGAGACGCUCCUUCAGCUAGAGACUUGCAGUGUGUGUAGUGUCAGUGAAGCUGUGCGUGCGUUAGAGAUGAAUCGACUGCCGCCCGUGCUGUCGGCUUCGGUGCAAGCAGUGCUUACUUUGGCGUUGGGGCCAAGUGCGGUUCCGGCAGUCCUGGGGCCGCCUACAAAGAUGCGAAGGAAGGAUCUUCCAGUGGCGCAGCCGACAGCUGCGGGCUCCCUUUCAAAAGCACUGGCGUCUGCCCAGCCCGACGCAAGAGAGGCGACGAUCGAGCGCUUCAGGCGAGAUAUUUGGGCCCCGAGUAAUCAGGGCCCGCCCGCGGCCAGGUGGAGAACUUGGGCAAAGGUGUGUGAUGCGUGGGCGAUUCCCGCCCUGCCAUUGACGAUGGACAGUGUCGAGAAGGUUGCUGCCGCCCUGAAGGAGGGAGGCUACAGAUCAGCGCGUCAGUACUUUGCUUGUGCGCGUAGAGAACAGGUGCUUCAGACGAAGACAGAUGUGCCGCCAGAGGUACUGCUUAUGAUGCGCGAUGCUGUCCGCUCAUUGGAGCGUGGCGUGGGAGGCCCUGCCCUGAAGGAUGCGUUUCGCUUUGAGGAGGUGGUGUUGCCUGAACGCCGAGAUGUUUGCCUUUUCGUGUUGGGCUGUUGGUUCUUGAUGCGGGAGAUUGAAAUUGCAGCAAUGCAGAGAAAACAUUUCCCGUUGGAUCACGAGCGCCAAGAAGUGGUCCUGACAUUAGCUGCCAGCAAAUGCGACCAAAAGGGAAGCUUGGUCCUUCGUCGACAUGGUUGCUACUACGAGCAUAUUCCUGCGAGAAUGUGUCCCUUUCACCAGGCAGCGGCGUUUGAGAAGUUGUGCCCAAAGAACCCUGAAGAGCCCUUGUUUAUGAGCAGCCACGGCGGUGAGUUGUCCAAGAAGGAGACGAUCAGCGUCAUCCGAGGCAUCCUCUUUGAGAGCUCGAUGGUGUUGAAGCGUGCAGGAGCUCGAGGACAAGGAUCCUUGGAGAGAUUUCGCGGCCACGUGUUGCGAGCGGCUCGUUCCCCUUCCCACGAUCAUGUUGCUGGGUCGCUGGGGAUCCCGCGCUGUGGAGCGGUAUGUGCAAGACCCGCUUUGGAAACCUUCUCGAUCAGCCAUGAAGCGGUGCCCGAAUCACAGAAGAUGCGUGAGGGUGACGUGAAGCAAGCUCAGCAUGUUGUGGUGCUCACGGAGAAGAUCGAGGUCUUGGCAGCGAAGUUGGAAGCGUUGCAAAGUCGCCCUCCUCUAGUCGUGGGGAAGCGAGCGCACGCGCGGGACCCGCGCGAAAUGGACAAGCUUCCGCAGGUGAAGAUCAUGAGGCCGCCCGUUGCCUCCGAUGCUUCCCUCAAACAGCGGGCUCUGUGGACGAGUCCAGAGCUUCGUCGGCUAGCGAAUCGGAGGAUUCCGGUUCUGAGACAGAGUCCUCUUCUGAGUCGAGGCGUGCCUCAUGAUUGCGACCAACAGCGUGGGAUGCAUGUGGAGCUGGUAAUGUUACAGAGUCUCUUUCAAGCAAUGGCCGAGGCGUUGGCGUCAUUCAAACAAGCAAUGGCUGAAGCGGGCUUGCCGGACAACAUACAGAAGUACAUCCUGAGCCGAGACAUCAAGUCGGUCGUGGUGAUGGCGUCUAUGGCAGGCAAGUUGGAGGACGUGGACACCGUCUUGGCGGCGCCGCUAGAAUCCGAGUUCAAGCUUCCGGGUGGAGCUGCCAUCAAGUUGUCACAGCUCGAAUUCCCUGUGGUGAAGGCCAAACUCCGUUACCUGUGGCGCAAAUGCCACAAAGAAAGCAGUGAUCCUGAGCCCGCGCCUGCGACAGCAGCAGCAACCACAGCAACAACAAUGCCAUCCUCGAAGUCGUCACCCAAGGAACUGCCAAGCGGCUAUUGGCAGCAACAAGUUGCGAAGUAUGAGACCAUGAAGAUCGGAAGUGAUGCCCGGCGAUUCCCGCAGGAAUUGCUUAUUGGCGCGGAAGCAGUUGUUGCCCACGCGGUCCAUGAGAUGCGUGCCGAGAAUCACACGGCCAUUGGACUACAUGAGGUAGUGCAAGCCCGGUUCUUCGAGGCGUCUGGCAAGCCCAACCCGUUGUGUCCUGCCAAACAGAAGAGCAAGUCGCAGUCCGCGGUGCUGACGAUCAAUUCCGACUUUCAGAUCGAGACCGAGGCGGACGCGCCUUGGCAGCCUCGCAGUGUGUUGCAGUUCUUGGAUUGCUUGGAGUCCAUCCGCGUCCUCAUGAUACUCGUGGAAAUGGGCAGUUUUCUAGGUACUUCGACUGGUUCGAGAAGCAAGUGCGCCACCAAGCUAGCUAGAGCAACUGCGGUUGUUUUGGGAGAAGACCUCGUGGCGGAUUGCUUUGGCGAGAUCAUCCUUGACAACCAGGAGCUCCAGGACGCCCUUUCCAGGGAGGUUGUUCUUGUUGAUCGUGCUGGGCGUCAACAGCGCUACCGGAAUGAAUGGCAUGAUGCAGACCGCUUCGGCAAGGGCAAAGGCAAGUCCAAAACGAAGAGUCGUGCCGGCAAGGGUCAUUGGGACGACUGUCGCUGGGAGAAGCCAGGAAAGCGCCAUGAAGGAUGGCGCUAUGAGGGAUGGCGCCAUGGCCCGUACACCCAGUGUCAGGGCAAGUGGUUGUUGAGUUUUUGGAGUGGUUCUCCUUGA